AUGUCACAAGACGCCUCUCCAACUCCCACCUUUGCUUCCACAGAAGACUUGCCUGUACAGCCAUCUGGUCUUACGCCACAGACGUCUGCUGGCUGUAGAAAUUUCGAGAUCAAGUCGGAUUCGGUGCGAGAGAAUGUUGAAGCUGUGGCGGUUUCAACAGCCGAAGUGGAAGCCGCCUCAAGAGCCUCAAAGACGGAUACUCCGGCUCUGAGUUCUGCGAAUAGAAGAGAUACAAAAGGGGGCCGGAAAAUGUGUCCUGUAGAGGAGUCUGACGCGGUGUUGGAAAGACAAAGGAUGUUUUUGAAGGCGAAAAUGAAUCUCUGCAUCGAAGACAUCUCCGAAUUGCCCACGGUAGGCCAGGGAGUCGUCGAUGCUGGCGAUAGAUUCAGUACAAUUUUUCCAUCACUUCUUUGA